CAUAAAAGCCCAGACAUAAAAGCAUCGUGUUACACCCAAUACCUAUAGGAGAAAAAAGGCCCCCUAGACAUCUCCAGACGCUUCUCGACUACAUCGCGAUCAGCUGGAUGAGGGCAGCCACUUACGAGAUGGAAAUGCGCAGGUAACAAGCAUCUGACAGUCAUGGCUUUUCCCAGCAAGCCCGUGUCGCAACUGCUGGGCUCCAAUGGCCCCGUCCACGCCGUGGCCUACUCGGCCUCGCCGGGGACCUACAUCCUCGCCGGCUCCGCGGACCGCAGCAUCCGGCUGUACAACCCUUCGCCGGCGUCGGGCCAGGCCGCCGCCGUCACCGCCACCGCCGCGGGGGGCUCGCCGCCGGAGGGCCGGCUGAUCCAGACGUACUCGGCGCACGGCUACGAGGUGCUGUCGCUGGCCGUCGCCGCCGACAACGCGCGCUUCGCCUCGAGCGGCGGCGACCGCGCCGUCUUCCUGUGGGACGUGGCCACGGCCACGACGCUGCGCCGCUUCGGCGCCUCGGCCCCGGACGGCCACUCGAGCCGCGUCAACUGCGUCGCCUUCGCCGGCGACGGCGACUCGGUCCUGGCCAGCGGCGGCUUCGACACCACCGUCAAGCUGUGGGACUGCAAGGGUGGGGGUAACGGCGGCCGCCCCGUGCAGACCCUCGCCGAUGCCAAAGACGGCGUCUCGGCCAUAGUGGUGCGCGGCCCCGAGGUCGUCGCCGGCUCCGUCGACGGCCGCGUGCGCGCCUACGACGUCCGCAUGGGCCGCUGCGUCGUCGACGUCGCCGCCGGGCCCGUCACCAGCCUGUCCAUGGCCCGCGACGGCGCCGCCCUGCUGGUCGGGUCGCUCGGCCCCGCCGGCCUGCGCCUCAUGGACCGCACCUCGGGCGCCUGUCUCCGCACCUACGGUGGGGAUGCCGGCUCCGCUCCCGCCGCCGGAGCCGGAGCCGGAGCUGGAGCCGACCCUACCGCCCAAGGGGCCCCGGCGUGGCGCAACGAGAGCCUGCGCGUGCAGAGUAUCCUGGGCGGGGGAGAGAGGUUCGUCGUGGCAGGGGACGAGAUGAGCGCGCCGGCGGCCUCGGGUGGCGGUGACGAGGACGGCAGGGUCUGGGCGUGGGACCUGCUCACGGGAAAGACGGUGGCGACGCUCAGCGUCCCCUGGGGGCCUGCCGCCGGAGGGGAGCGGAAGAGGAGGGCGAUCGGGAGGGACGGGAAGGAGAAGGGGCGGAAGAACAUUGUGAGCUGCCUCGCGUGGAGGGAGGACGGAUGGGGUAACCAGUUCUGCGUGGGCGGGAGCUCGGGUGCCGUGACAGUCUUUGGGUCUGCAUGACCCAUCAAACAAACCUCUUGAGCGUUUUCCAUAAACAGCCAGUCAGUCUUGGGGUGAUGAUACAGAGACUAUCUUCGUCAAGACACCGGCUUCGUUCCGAGUAACAGCGCCUUUUCUCAAGCAAGAAAAGGCGCAAAUUCGUCAAAUAAUUAUAAACAUCUCAUACCC